AUGGAAACCACAGCUCUGACGGGAAACCAAGAUGAAAACCUACUAGAAGAUCCCAAUCUUCAUUUGAAUAUUGAGGAAUUAAACAAAGAAUUUAUGGUGAAAAGUGAAGAACUUUACGAUUCUCUCAUGAAUUGCCACUGGCAGCCUCUGGAUACAGUUUACUCUAAAAUCCCAGAUGAGACCCCACAGAAACCAGAUGUUCAUUAA